CCUCGCGUGUCUUUGGCGUAAACACAGUCACGUGACAGACCAAACCCGGAAAUGACACUGGAAGCCGUGAAAGCUACACCGUGCAUAUGCUAAAACAAACAACAUUGUAAGAUAGUUCUACACGUAUGAAAUGGCCCUCGUGGGUAACGACAUGAACCAGCGUUGUAUCCGUGAUAUGAAAUCUGCAACAGUGGACAGGUUGAGCAGAUUCAAUUCUCUGCGCGGUCGGCAGGUGGACGCUUGUGAAUUUUGGGACGUGGUGGUCGUGACCGCAAUGGACGAGAGGCAGAAAGAUGCCUAUGAAGAUAAGAUCAGAAGAAAACUUGGCGACAUAGUACUCCCGCUCGGAAUUCCCUACAAAGUCUUUUCCGAUCCCCCUGGAUGUAAAAUAGGCAAUGGAGGUUCCACCCUAUACGCUCUGCAGCAACUCAGUGAUAUCUACGGCAAAGCUCUUUGCAAGAUGAGAGUCCUCCUGAUCCAUGCAGGUGGGUUGAGUCAGCGUCUGCCUAGUGCCAGUGCCUUUGGGAAGAUCUUUACCACCAUGCCGCUGGGCGACCCUUUUUACGAGAUGCUGGAGCUCAAACUGGCCAUGUACGUGGACUUUCCCUCACACAUGAAGCCCGGUGUGCUGGUGACGUGCGCAGACGACAUCGAGCUCUACAGUAUCGCAGACGACAACAGACUUGCGUUCAACAAGCCCGGCUUCACCGCUUUAGCCCAUCCCUCGCCGCUGUCCGUUGGCACUACCCACGGUGUGUUUGUUUUGGAGCCUUGUGAGGACUCAGCUUUUCUGCAAAUGGAGAACAGAAGCUGCUUACGCUUUCUUCACAAACCGAGCAUUGAGAAGAUGCGUGAAAGCGAUGCUGUUUGUAAAAGGAAAAGUGAUUAUUUUCCUAUAUGUGACUUGGAGUUUGUCUACACAGACAGCACCUAUUAUAUGGACUUUGAUACUUCCCAACGUCUCCUUAAUGUGCUUAAAGAGUUCGGACCUUUAGAGUGCGAAAUCGAUGCAUAUGGCGAUUUUCUUCAAGCGUUAGGCCCGCAAGCCACAAUAGAAUACACCUGCAACACAGCCAACGUCACCAACCAAGACAGCAGCCUGGUGGAAGUCCGCCAGAAGAUUUUCCAUCUUCUCAGAGGGACGCCGUUAAAUGUUAUUCUCCUCAACAACUCCCAGUUUUAUCACAUUGGAACCACGUCCGAAUACCUCUCUCACCUUACCGAGGUUGACGGCCUGAGGAGCAUGUUGUCCCUGGAGUCGUGGGCUUACAGCGAGCACCCAGGUAAAAACAUUGAUAAGGCAUCCUGUGUGAUAUACAGCAUCCUCCAUCCCAGUUGCUCUGUGGGAGCUGGGUCUGUGGUGGAGCACUCCAGACUGGAACAGGGGGCAUCUGUAGGCAGUGGCACACUCGUCAGCCACUGCUGGGUCAGCCCAGACCUCUCAGUGCCCGAUGGAGUCUUCAUGCAGACACUGUGUGUGAGCCAGCAGGACAGAAGCGGCUUUGUAACUGUCGCCUUUGGAGUCGAUGACAACUUGAAGUGUUCCGUGGGAGCUGCUGCCUCUAUGGAAGGGCUGACUCUGUGUGGGGUCACUUUAGACACCUGCGUGUCCCGCUGGGGUCUGGGCGGCAAGGCCUUGAGGUUCUCCGGUGACAUAUCCCACUGUAGUUUGUGGAACGCCUGUUUGUUUCCAGUUUGUGCUGAUGAACAACGCUCAUUCUCCGUAUCUCUCAAGAUGCUGCAGGCUGUUUUGGGCGGAUCUGCAUUCGAGUUGCAGGACACAAAGUUGAUAUCCCUGCAAGAGGCACUGCAGUGUCGGAACGUGCUGGAGAUGCAGAACGUCAGGAAUAGACUUGAUUAUGACCACACAGAUAAAAUACCAGUCAUUGUUGACUAGACUCUUUAGGUUUCCGCAACGGGAUGAAGAGAGUGAUUCUCUUUCCUCAGACUAAAAAAGGGAUUUCGGUUGGAUUACAUCCAUGAAAUCUGUGUCUAUGAUCGAUCUUUUUAUCAACUCGUUAUCUAAUCAUCCAUUCAUCCACAUUAAACUUAUAUUGUGCAACAGACCUUUUUAACUGCAGAUGAAAGUUUAAAAAAAAACAACCCAAGACUAUUCUUUUCCAUUCUGUUCUAUCUGUGUAUAUUCCAAGGUUUUUUUGUUGUUUUUGUUUUUGUACCUUAGAAUGGCUUUGUUGAGGAGAAAAAAAGUAAUACACUGUAUUUAGAACAGGGGUGGGCAAACUGCGACCCGUGGGCCACAUCAGACCCGGCAAGCAUCUUAAUCCGGGCCACCGGGCAUUACCAAAUUCCAUUUUUUUUUUUUUUUUUAAACUUUUAACAUGGAAAUUGUAGUCUGCAGCAUGACUUGCAGUGCUAUUGUGGCACGCUUGAGUCGCCAAAAUAGUCAGAUGCAAUAGAUGCAAUCUGUAGCCUGUACAAAAAAGCCAUCCAAACAACAUAACACGUCAACACACACGACGCACAAUGUAACCUACCUACUGCACCAUGUGGGCAUACAAACAAAUAUCUGCGUGCAAUACCCAUGGCAAAAAACACCCAUAUAUUCCCAGUGCAAGGCAUGCUGGGUAUCUUGCGGUUCUUUCUCCCAACAUUUUGCCGUGUUUGUCAAAUUUUUUGCUUGAUUGCAAAAUAUGUUGAGGAGGUCGUCAGAGAAGUAAAGAAGGAGGAGUUAACAUACUCUUGAUAGCCAAUGUUUUAUUGUUCAUAUUGUUGUUGAGCUGGACUACCCAUUAUGCCUUACGGGCAUUUGGAAAUAACUGUUUUAAGUUACAUGCUAUGUUUAUCACUUAGUUGUUCAUUUAUGUGAUGUGUUAACUUGCUAUGUGUUGUUUCUUUUUUGUUUCACCGUAAGUAUAUACAGUAUAUAUAUAUAUAUAUAUAUAUACCUGUACAGUAUACAGUAUAUACUGUAUAUAUUACAUUUUCUAUGCCGCUUAUCCUCAUUAUAGGGUCAUGGGUGUGUGCUGGAGCCUAUCCUAGCUGACUUCGGGUGAGGGAAAAACAGACCUAUUUUGGGUUAAUGAAGAGAAGUGUGUGUGUGUGUGUGUGUGUGUGUAUGCAUAUAUAUAUAUAUAUAUAUAUAUAUAUAUAUAUAUAUAUAUAUAUAUAUAUAUAUAUACACACAGUCAAACCUGUCUUAUCGGCCACCUGUAUAGAACGGCCACCUGCCUAUAGCGGCCAUGUUCAAAAUAAAUUAAACAAUUACCAUUACCAUGUCUGAAACAUGCCCAUUUUCACUGUAUUUUAUUGAAAGAAAGAUAAAUGACAGGGCAGGAUUUUUUAUAUACUGUAUAU